GGAAAAACGGAACAAAGCCGCUGAUUUUUCCGAUAAAAAGAAAAUCCUGUCUAAAAUUAAAUGGGAGAAGUAUAAUUCUUUUUCCAGCAAUCGAGAAAGGAAACACAAUCAAGGCACCCCAAGGAUCUUAAUAAGUUUUUAUCAUCGAUCGAUCCAAACUCUGUUUUAUAUUUUUCGUUUUUCUACCUCCUUUCACCACCCAGAUUUGCUUUUUUAUUUGCACUCUAGAUUCAGCUUUUUUAAAAAAAAAAAAAAAAUUCAAUCUAAAGGUUCUAUCUCUCUCCGCCUCUUUCCCUCUCUCUCUCUCUCUCUCUCUCUCUCUCUCUAGGAAUGUCCGUGGAUACUGGAAUCAUGAGAUUAAGAUUUGAGGAGAAAGCAGAUCCGCAUUGUGGUCGGGGAAUUUUAGGGCUCUUCGUUUUCAUCAAUUGAAAAAAUGUGGGUUUGAGCUCUUCGAUUCCCAAUUUUCAUCACUGCUUUUUUUUUUUUGAUUCUGUGAUUUUGAAUUUGGGAAAGAAUGUUCAAGCAACUUCUGAGUAAACUUCCACGGAAGUCUUCAAAAGCCGACUCAGGGGAACUGACUCCUCGUUCGAGCUCCGGUCCGAUUCCGUCUCCGCCUCAGAGAUCCGGGACCAGUGUGGGCUCGGGACCGGUUCGGUCCAACUCGGGGAAGCGUAUGUCGUCUGCUGUUUUCCCGGCGAGCGUGGUUGCCGGAAUCGAGCCGUUGGUACCGUUCAAGGACGUACCGAACUCGGAGAAAUUGAACCUCUUUGUGAGUAAAGUCAGCCUCUGCUGCGUAACGUUCGACUUCUCCGACCCAAGUAAAAACUCGAUCGAGAAAGAUGUGAAGAGGCAGACGUUGCUGGAGCUUUUGGAUUUCGUGGCUUCAGGGUCUGUUAGAUUCACCGAACCAGCUAUUCUCGCAAUGUGUAGAAUGUGUGCUGUGAAUCUCUUUAGGGUUUUCCCUCCGAACUACCGGUCUAGUGGAGGCGGCGAAAACGACGACGACGAGCCCAUGUUCGACCCUGCCUGGCCGCAUUUGCAAAUCGUCUACGACCUGCUUCUCAAGUUCAUCACCUCUCCGUGCCUCGACGCUAAACUGGCGAAGAAGUACCUAGACCAUGCUUUCAUCGUGAGGCUGCUCGACUUGUUCGACUCAGAGGACCCUAGGGAACGCGAGUGUUUGAAGACGAUCCUGCAUCGUGUGUACGGGAAGUUCAUGGUUCACAGGCCGUUUGUCCGCAAGUCCAUGAGCAAUAUAUUCUACCGGUUCGUGUUUGAGACAGAGAAGCACAGCGGAAUCGCGGAGCUUCUGGAGAUUUUCGGGAGCAUAGUGAGCGGGUUCGCGCUGCCUUUGAAAGAGGAGCACAAGAUCUUCUUGUGGAGGGUGUUGAUUCCGCUUCACAAGCCUAAAUCUCUUGGGAACUACUUCCAGCAGCUAUCUUACUGCAUCACUCAGUUCAUAGACAAGGAGCCAAAGCUGGGCAGUGUUGUGAUUAAGGGUCUGUUGAAGUUCUGGCCUAUCACGAACAGCCAGAAGGAAGUGAUGUUUCUCGGAGAGGUCGAGGAGAUUUUAGAAGCAAUGAGCCAGAUGGAAUUCCAAAAGGUCAUGGUCCCAUUGUUCAUUCGGAUUGCUUGCUGUAUCAACAGUUCUCACUUUCAGGUUUCUGAAAGAGCACUUUUUUUGUGGAACAACGAUCAAAUUGUGAACUUGAUCGCACUAAACCGGCAAGCAAUCCUACCGAUCAUGUUCACUGCCUUAGAAAAGAAUGCUGACACCCACUGGAAUCAAUCCGUGCUAAACUUAACACUAAACGUGAGAAAAAUGUUCUGUGAAAUGGAUGAGGCUCUGUUCAUGUCUUGCCAUGCCCGCUUUCAGGAGGACGAGGCAAAGCAAUGUUCUGCAGCGGAGAAGAGGAAAGAAGUCUGGGCAAGGCUAGAGAAUGCAGCAAGUAUGAAGCCGAUAACUGGAAAAACCGCUGUUCUGGUAUCUCCUUUAGCAACCUCCAUUACAUGCUAAACAGCGCUCAAAAGAAUUCUCAGAGAGUGUAUCAGAAAAUGAAUGAAGCAGCACGACAUCAGAAGAAAGAGUGGCUGUUGGCUUAAGCUAUGAUCUGGGAACUUUUCAUCUGGAUUGAUAACUUGUAAUAUUAUAUAGCUUUGAUGUUGUUAGCUGUGUGGGUUUUAUGCUAGUUCUCUUGCUUCCUUUAAAAGCGAGGAAGCAAAGAAACCAUGCUGCAGAUUUCUAUAUCAAACUCAUUUGUAUUAUUCAAUUAAGUUUAUAUAAUCCAUUUUCUUUCAGCAAUGGCUUUAUGUUUAAGACCAAUUUGAAAAAUACAUUUUGAAUUGAGACUAGAUUUCCAAGUGUACCCAAGAGAAACAAAAUGUACACUUAUUGUCUCUUCCUCGCAAGACUUCAUAGACUAAGGUCAUGCAGGAAGUAUGUUCUCCCACGGUACGUGAUAGACUUUUCUUCUGCUCCAAGGCACCACAAAUGUCCUUGCAGGUUAAGAGUCUCUUUCAUUCCUGCUGUUUCCCACACAAACUCAAAGAGCCCUAAGGCUCUAUCUAAUUGCUUCAUCCCCCUCUCCAACAUUUUCUCAUCCGUCGAAGUCAAGAUCCUCCCCAUGCUUACGCACAAUGACUCGCUCUUGUCCUUGUAAAACCCUCCACGGAGAUCAACUUCGAUGUCACGCACUCGGCCGUAGAGGAAGUACAUGACGAGAGCGAACAGACACGGCGAAGGACUGCCCAACAUCUUUGAAAGCUUUCUAUACACAAGGUGCUCUUGAUGCCUAACCUCCCUGAACCCAAUGGUGUUGUCCAAAAACACAUCUUUGAUCUGUAGAAGCCCUUCUUUCAUCGAUAAAAGCUUCUCCAGAUGGUAGAGUACUGUGGUGCCUUCAUCGUGUUCGAGAUACCUUCUCAGAUCAUUCACCAUGUCAAGAACAUCUUCCCAUUUUGCAGAAGCAUUUGCUUUUGCGUAUCUAGCUGGCACAGGUCGCAUCCACGAAGUUGAGUUCUCGGCUUCGUAUGAAACCGAUGAUUCAGAUAAGAAUUUGAGGCAAGACAGUAUCACUUGCUGACCCAGCUUUGUGCCUUGCCUCGUCUCGCUAUGUUCAACCAACCAAUCAACUUCUUCCUUGAGACCAUUCAGUAUAUCUUCAAGAGCACCUCUCCAUAUACGAUACUGCGUCACCUGUGAACACACGGUGCACCUCACUAGCUUCCUCUGUUGCGCCGAGAUGUUCAGAAAGUUGGUGACUUUUGUCAGCGAAUUCACCACCAACGGCUCUCUUCCGCAUUCAGUGCCAAAAAUUGGGAACUUGAAGGGUCCCUGAUCUCUGAGCUUCUGCUGAAUCGAAGGAGACCCAAUGAAGAUUCUACCCAAAGACUUGAAGGCCUGCAUUUUCCGUUUGAUACAAUCAUCAUAGACGAUGACGCCAUUGAUGUCCUCGAGCUUCCCGUCGACUAAAUCGACGUCUCUCAGUGCACGGUUUAGUUUUGUCAGAACUGGGAGUUUCUUUUCGUACCAUUCAUUAGGCAAUGCUUCUUCAACAGAAGAAUGAAACAAAACCGAAUGAAACAAAACCUGUAUUGAACGGAAAGAGCGACCUGGAUUUGCCCUGAAACAGAGUUCAGGGUUUAAAUGCCUUCUUAUGUGAUGCACAUUACCUAACAUUUGAAUCAUCUCAGUGAAACACCAACGGAUUAAUAUUCAGACAUAUAUAAGUAGUCGAAUCGGACCAGAAUCGGACCAGAAUCGGACGGAGACAAGGGGAUAAAAAUUGUAAAAGAGUCUCUCUUAGGAAUUUCUACAAACAGUUUGCGUGCAACUCUGGUGAGCGAAAAACCAGUUACAAGAUUCUUAACAUGUAUGAUACUUUAAAAGAGAUCAAACUUGUAAUGCAAGAGAAACUGUAUCAUGAAAAGGAGUAAAACGAUUUAGGAGAAGAGAAGGGAAGCUUCAGAUGAGAAGAGAGCCUGUGAGAGAGAAGAGGUGGAGUUGGGAAGGGAAGAGCUGUUACUGCGUUUGGGUCAUAAAUGGGCCCGAAGAAGUUUCAUUUUCUUAGAUUCGCA